GCGGAGUGUGGAUAAUUUGUUGUGGAAAGUAUUCCGAAAGGCGCGCAUAUAAUGUUUAGAAAAUAGUGUUCGAUAAAUAAAAUUUAUAACAACAGCCAUCGUAUAUCCCUAUUUUCAAAAACAUGAAUGAAGCAAUAAAAAAAGUAAGUGCUCAAUAUCCGUGCCGUGAGCAGCUGAUUAAAAAAUUAUAUCAAUUCUACGGAACGGACGAUCCAUUUCCGCCGGCAGUGUACCUGUACGGGCAUACAUCAACGGGAAAAAGCACCAUUUUGAGAGCAUUUCUUUCGCUACUACGAAAUACCAAGUAUGCAGUUCUCAAUGCUAUCGAAUGUUACACCAACAAGAUUCUAUUCGAAUCGAUCAUCAACCGUCUGCAGUCACACACGCUCUGCGCCAAAAAUUGUUACGCAUCACUGGCGAGCGUCGAUUGCAUGAAGGAUUUCGUCGGACAACUGCAAGGCUUUGAUACACAAUUCAGCUACAUUCUGGUGCUAGAAAAUGCCGAACGAGUCCGGGAUAUGGAUCACAAUGUGUUACCGAUGCUGCUUCGGUUACCUGAGGUCACUGGGUUAAACAUCUCCGUCUUGCUGGUAUCGGAUUUGCCCUUUGAGAAGUAUUACAUACGGACGGGACUAUCACCCGUUAUUAAACUGUUUGUGUCCGAGUACAGCAAGAGUGAUAUUUUAACAAUUUUAAAGAAUGAUUUCCAGAGAGUACAAAACCAGUUAAACGCGAAUAUUAAAAGAAAAAGCGACUUGUCAGACGAUGGAAUUCAAAGCCGGUUAAAUAUUCUCAACAGUUUAACGGAAGACUUCUACGAAAACUAUCUCAAUAUUUUCCUUAGCGUUUUCUUCAAAGUAUGUCGCGAUCUGAAAGAAUUGCAGCUGGUAUCGUUGGAAUGCUACCAGAGCUAUUGCGAACCCGUCCUGGAUGGUACAAUCGCCUCGAAUGAUGUUACCAAACUUUGGCGACACAUUUCCAAAACGAUGAAACUCGCUCUCAGUACCAUUUAUAUGCGGAUGGGUAAUAUCAAUCAGGAAUUGGCUCGCCCACUCAGUAAUAUGCCCACAUCGGAACAAGCUCCCGAGACGAUAGAACAGAUGCAAACGAUGAAACGUUUGGCCCAAAGUUUGGAGCUUCCGUUCUAUGCAAAGUAUUUGCUGAUAGCGUCCUACCUAGCAAGUCAUAAUGCCGCCAAAGAGGACAAACGGCUGUUUAUGAAGAAUCACGGCAAGCAACGCAAACGAAUGCAGUCGGUUAUCGCGAAGGCAAAAGUAUCGGAAAAGAUGGCCACUCAGCUGGGGCCGAAAUCGUUUACGGUCGAUCGUCUGCUGGCCAUCUUUUACGCAAUACUGGACGACAAAGUUGGGCUGACUUGCAACUUGCUAGCGCAAAUUUCCACCUUAGUCCAUCUGAAGUUCAUGAUUUUUGCAUCCGGCGAAGGCUCGAUAAUGGAAGGGAGCGCUCGCUUGCAGUGCACCGUUGGAAUGGACUUUAUCGUGCAUAUUGGGAAAAUGGUCGGUUUCAACGUUAGACAAUAUUUGUGUGAUUUCUUCUAGUUCGCAAGUACUAAUUUAUUUUACGCCUAGUUUGUUAUGAUUUGUAAUAAAUAUUGCGGUAAAUCGGUAAUGUGAAUGGUUUCACUGAUGGUAGUGUCCCGGGAGCGCAGCUGGAACAGGCCAUUGGAGAGGCUAUCUAACCGGAGUAUGAGACUGAAAGGAACUCCCAUCGCGUCCAAGUUGUGAAGCUGUUUUGCGAGAACCGUUUCGCUCACGUUCGUGCAGUCCAGAACGGUCACGUUUGAUCGGCGAAGCACACUGCACAGAUGUUUGGCCAGGUCGUAAAGUUCGUUCAUUUGAGAAGCGUUUCCUUUUUUAAAUAAAAAAGAGAUUUGAGAUUAGGAAGUAAUAAAAUAAUAAUUCACUUAGUCAAGAAAGAAUCGGGGGUUUAUGCCUAGAC